AUGGUCACAGCAGCACCAGAGGUGGGCAAUGUGGCUGCGUCAAUUCCUGAGCUGACCGAACGAGACAUCAUUGUCUCUCUCGGACACUUUGAAGCCACCUAUGAAGAGGCUUGUGGGGCUGUUGAGGCAGAUACCAGCAUGGUCACUCAUCUGUUCAACGCGAUGCAACCGUUGCAUCACCGUCAGCCAGGGAUCAUUGGGCUCCUUGGCAACAGCGACCAGACCAAGCGACCGUAUGUUGGUGUGAUAGCAGAUGGUAUUCAUCUACAUCCAACAGUGGUCAAUUUAGCCUACCGAACGAACCCUGAGGGCUUCAUCUUGGUGAUGGAUGCUAUGCACUUGCAGUGGAGCAAUGAUGGUGGUCGUUUGGUCAAGAAGGGUACCAUUCUGACAGUAGAAGGGACUCCUGAUAAGAUCGCAGGAAGCUCCAUCACGCUCCUACAAUGUGUCAACAAUUUCCUUUCCUGGUCCAACGUGGCGGUCCCAGUGGCUCUGAAGGCUGUGACGGACACACCAGCCAAAAUGCUGGGUUUGCAUGAUGUGAAAGGAACCUUGAGUCCCGGGGCCGACGCCGACCUCGUCGUACUCGACGAAGUCAAGCAUAGCAACCUUUCAGAGCUGGUGCUCGAACAGACGUGGAAGUUUGGGGUGAAGGUCUAUGACGAACACGAGUGUUGAGUGAUGAAUUAAGGAAGACAUUUUGACUCCAGAUCUUCAGACAUCGUGGCUAGUAACAAGCUCUGGUCAUCGUGCGCGCGAGCCAAUCGA